GCUCCCUCCUGGCCGAGUUCUUCUCGUUUUUCGGGGGGCUGGACCUGCCCCGGCUCCUCCUGUCUCCCCGCGAGGGCCGAGCGCUGCCCCGGCCCCCCCCCGGCGCUCUGGGGGGGCUCCGCCCGGGCCCCCUGACCCUGCAGGACCCCUUCGAGCUGAGCCACAACGUGGCCGCCAACGUCCCCCCCCGGGCCGUGUCGCGGUUCGGCCGCUGCUGCCGCGAGGCCGCCAAAUUCUGCCGCGGCCCCGAGUUCCGGCACCGACCCCGCCGGUCCGGCCGCCCCUGGGGGGUCCUGGGGCUCCUCCGGCCCGGGGGGGGCACCCCCGAGAGGGACGGGGGGGGCUUCGCCAUCCCCCUCCCGCUGCGGCCCCGCGGGGGUCCCGGGGGGGGCCCCGGGGGGUUCCGGGAGGUUUGUGGGGCCGUGGGGUUCGUGCUCCGGGACGUCCUGGGCUGUCACUGCGACCCCGGGGGGGAACGGGGGGGCCCGGGGGGGCCCGAGGACGGGGAGGAGCCGCCCCCGGGUCCGUCACACGCGGAGGAGUCACCGCCGGGGGCCGAAUGUCACCUCGGGGGGGGGACGGGACCUUCCCGGGGGGGAUCUGGGGGCGCGGGGGGGGCCGAGGAGCUGCCCGUGGGUCCGUCGGGAUCGCCGGGGUCCGGGGGUCCCCUCGGGGGGGCGGCGGGGGGAGAUUCCCGAGGGGAGCUCGGGCUGCUCCAGGGUCCGUCACCGGCCCCGGGCUCGAAGCGGCUCCGCCCCGAGGCCCCGAACGGCCCCGGAAUUCCCCCCGGGAAGCGCCCCCGGCCCCCCCCGCUGCUCCCCCCGUCCCUCUGGAGCUGCUCCGUCUGGCACCGGGUGUGGAGGGGCCGCCGCCGCCUCCGCCGCCGCCUCCGCGACCCCCGGGGGGGGCCCGGGGGGGGUCCUGGGGAAUGUCCCGGGGGGGCUCAGGGGCCCGGGGGGGGUCCUGGGGAAUGUCCCGGGGGGGCUCAGGGGCCCGGGGGGGGUCCUGGGGAAUGUCCCGGGGGGGCUCAGGGGCCCGGGGGGGGUCCUGGGGAAUGUCCCGGGGGGGCUCAGGGGCCCGGGGGGGGUCCUGGGGAAUGUCCCGGGGGGGCUCAGGGGCCCGGGGGGGGUCCCGAGGAUCCUGGGGGGGGUCCCGGGCGGGACCCGCUGGCGCUGGAGCGGGCGGUGACCGAGGCCAUCGUGCGGGGGGACACCGGGGACCCCCUCGGGAACCCCCCCGGGACCCCCCCCGGGGCCCUCCCGGAGCCGCUGCUGCGCUUCCAGGCCCGCGCCCGCCGGGGGGGGUCGCGCCGGGACCCCCAAGUGCUGCUGCGGCUCCGGCCCAUCCCCGACCCCCCCCCGCCGCUUUUCCACGAGUUUUUCCACUUCCUGAGGAGUUUCCUGCCCGAAAUGGUUCGGCAGCGCCUGGGAAUGGGGCGGGGGGAGGGGGGCGCGGACCCCCCCGAGGGGGGGGAGUUUUGUACGUCCUGAGUUUUUCCAGUAAAAUCCGUUUUGCAGUUGGCUCCUGCCUGGGGGGGAAUUUUGGGGA